GUGACCUAUGAUGAUGUGCAUGUUGACUUCACUUGGGAAGAGUGGACAUUGCUGGAUCCUUCACAGAGGAAUCUCUACAAAGAUGUGAUGCUGGACAUCUACCAUAGCCUCAGUAUCAUAGGAUACAGUUGGGAAGACCAUAAUAUUGAAGAACAUUUCCAAAGCUCUAGAAGACAUAAAAGGCCUGAAAUAAAUCAUACCAAAGAGAAACAUUCUGUGUAUAAUCAGUAUUUUAAAGCUUUUGCAUAUGACAGACAUCUGCAAUGGACUGAAAGCACACUUAUUGGAGAGAAACCCUAUGAAGAUAACCAAUGUGUUAAAGCCUUUGCUUUUAACAAACAUCUUCAAAGGCAUGAAAGCACACAUACUGAAGAGAAAACCUGUGAAUUUAAUCAAUGUGGGAACUCCUUUGCUCAUGACAAUGCUCUUCAAAUACAUAAAAGAGCACAUCUUGGGGAGAAACCCUAUCAAUGUAAUCAAUGUGGUAAAGCCUUUGCUUAUCACAGUGCUCUUCAAAUACAUAUAAGAACACACACCGGAGAGAAACCCUAUAAAUGCAAUCAGUGUGGCAAAGCUUUUACACAAAAAUGUCAUCUUCAGAAACACGAAAGAACAUUUACCGGAGAGAAAACCUGUGAAUUUAAUCAAUGUGGGAAAUCCUUUGCUCAUGACAAUGCUCUUCAAAUACAUAAAAGAACGCAUCCUGGGGAGAAACCCUAUCAAUGUAAUCAAUGUGGAAAAUUCUUUGCUUAUCACAGUGCUCUUCAAGUACAUAUAAGAACACAUACCGGAGAGAAACCCUAUAAAUGCAAUCAGUGUGGCAAAGCUUUUACACAAAAAUGUCAUCUUCAGAACCAUGAAAGAACACAUACUGGAGAAAAACCAUAUGACUGUAAACAAUGUGGUAAAACUUUUACACGAAAUUGGCAUCUUCAAAAUCAUAAAAGAACACAUACUGGAGAGAAACCCUAUCAAUGCAAUCAGUGUGGCAAAGCUUUUAUACAAAAAUAUCAUUUUCAAAAGCAUAAAAGAGCACAUACUGGAGAGAAACCUUAUGAAUGUAAUCAAUGUGGUAAAUCCUAUGUUAAUCCCAAUGUUCUUCAAAUGCAUAAAAGAACACAUACUGGAGAGAAACCCUAUGAAUGUAAUCAAUGUGGUAAAGCCUUUACAUAUCACAAGUAUCUUCAAAUACAUAAAAGAACACAUACUGGAGAGAAACCCUAUGAAUGCAAUCAAUGUGGUAAAGCCUUUACACAACAAGGUAAUCUUCAAAUACAUAAAAGAACACAUACUGGAGAGAAGCCCUAUGUAUGUAAUCAUUGUGGUAAAGCCUUUGCUUAUUACAGUGCUUUUCAAAUGCAUAGAAGAACACAUACUGCAGAGAAACCCUAUCAAUGUAAUCAAUGUGAUAAAGCCUUUGUACAACACAGUAAUCUUCAUACACAGAGAAGAUAUACUGAAGAGAUACCAUAUUAAUAUAGUCCAGUGGUGAAGCCUUUGCAUGGCACAGUUAAGUUCAAAUGCUUACAAGAACAUACUGUACUGAAACCCUAUGACUAUAAUCAAUGUGGUCAGGCAUUUCCUCCCACAGUGGUCUUCAAGUGCAUGAAAGAGCACAUACUGGAGAGCCAUUGCAUUGAUGAGUAAUCUUCAAAAUCAUCAGAAAAAAAGUUGUACCUCAGGGGAACCCUAAAAAUAU